UGACAGAGAGUCAGAACAGUCCUUUUAGUUUCUACACUACGGUCUAGACCGCUAGAAACCGAGUACAGGAACAAUCGUUUAGUUCCUCGGCGGUUUCUACCAAUGACACUCACGUGAUGGCAUUUAAAAUUUCCCUCGUCUUCCAUUUUCAAAAUUUAAAUUCAUAAACUCGCGCUUUUAUCUUACUGUAAUUAUUUCGAUUUUAAAAAAAAGAGGUGCGCAAAUUUUAAUCAUCCAAAAUACAAAACAAAAUCAUUUCUUUACAGUGAAGAGUGAAUCAAGUGAUGAAAAGUAGUUUAUUGUUUGAAUAUGUUCGUGAUUGAAAUUAUCUGUUGAAUUUUCAACAGAGAGAGUCGAGAGAGAAAGAGGGAGAAUUAAUUUGGAAUUGAGAGAAAAAAAAGUUCCAAAAUCAAAGGGGUAAAAAAAAGUCACGAGACAUGUUACAACCAUUCAUCUGAUGUAGACAUGAUUAAUUUAGUUGAGUACGCGUGAGUGAUCUCGUUAAAUGCAAAUCUCUUGCAAAACGUCACACUCGAAUGAAGUACAAUGAACAAUUGCGACAAAUGGAUCCUCGGGGUCCUUGUUCUGAUGGUGAAUCUAUUGGAUUUAAACACUGCCAAUCAAAGCAGCGUUUCUCCAGAAGUGCAAGUUCCAGAAGAUGUCGAAUUGUUCACGACAAAGAAGAAUUUACCGGACAAAUGUUUAUUGAAAACAGAGACCGGUCCUUGCAAGCAUUUUAUUCACAAGUGGACUUUCGACGUGACAGAAGGAAGAUGCAAAACCUUUCCCUACGGUGGAUGCUUGGGCAACGAGAACCGAUUUCACUCGGAAACGGAGUGUCUUCAUCACUGCAUCGGUGGUGCAGAUCACACAUUACCACCGUACAUGUCAACGAAAGGUAGUGUUUUCGUCACCACAAGUUCAACAACAACGAGCACUCCAUCAACAACAACGACAAACAGACCAGUUCCAACUUUUACACCAUCGAAACCGGCGAAACCUCCCGUACCGAAACACAAGAGAGGAAAGGAACUAACGUUUAUGGAGUCUGGAUACGAAAAGACAUUCAUGUUUGCUCAGAGUAAUACUUUCAUUCAACUAGAUGGAAGUGGGAUAAAGACAUUCCAACUGAGAUUAUGUAGAGAAAUAUCAUUCAAAUUUAGAACAAGAUUACCUCAUGGAUUACUAGUUUAUCAUAGUGUAAAAGACAGACCUGAAAACCUCGACCCUUACGCCCUUUAUGUUAUUGUUGAGAAGGGACAAUUGAAGGUAGUUCACGUUUUCGGAAAAAUAACGACGAGCCUAACUAUUGGAGAAGGAUUGAAUCGCGACGAAUGGCACAGUGUUUUAGUACAAAUCGACGUCCAUGGGGCAAAAUUAAUUGCCAGAGUGGACGAUAAGCGGGCAGAGACGAGCUUGCAUGUUUUAGAACGUAUUGUUAAUUACGGAGUUUCUGAUGAAUUAGCGUCUGUUGUUUUGAUAGGAGGUUUGAGUUCAGAAGAGCGACUGCAUGGCGUGAAAUACAUAAUCGAAUCAUUUGUUGGAUGCAUUAGGGAUAUGGUACUAAGUUCGGGAAAAUCAACCAGAGAUUUAAUUCCAAUUCGACCGCUUAUUGCGACAAAACACGAAAACGUACAAGAAGGUUGCAUAAACAAAUGUUACACUCCAGAAAAUCUCUGUUUCAAAGAAAAUCAGUGUGUGAAUCACUACUUUACUUAUACGUGUGACUGUUUCGGAACAAAAUACGAAGGAGAACGCUGUGAUGUUUAUACUGCUACUGUUCUCACAUUAAGAGGCUCGUCAUACGUUUCGUUUCGAGUCUACGACUGGAAGGACCGUGUUCACUCCUCAGUGAACCGAAUUAGUCUUGCAUUCAAAACUAAUUGGGACGACUCUGCUCUUUUUUACGCAUCUGGAGAGAUCGAUGACACUGCCCAUUAUGUCUCAGCCUCUAUAAUAAACUCAUCAGUUCAUGUUGAAUUAGAUUUCGGUCAUGAUUCAAAAAUCAGUGCCAUUCUUGGCGAACGAGUGACAAUGAACUACUGGAAUAAUUUAACAAUAUUUCACAACAUUUCCCUAGUCUACAUCAUUCUCAAUGAUGAGGUGAAACUUUUUCAAGUUCCCGGCGAAAAUUACAAUCUUAUCAUAGAUCCGGAAAUUUAUAUAGGAGGGGGCCCAGAAUUGCAGAAGAAAAAGGGUUUACAGUCUUAUAAUAAUUUUGCUGGAUCUCUAAAAUACGUGUUUUUCAAUGACAAGUCAAUUAUUUAUGAACUCAAGAAAUUAAAUCCAAUGGUCCACUAUAUCGGAGUUUUAGAACCGGAAUUCUACGAGGCUGACGUGGAUGUUAUUCCAAUUACGUAUCCCUUUGUAGGAAGUCAUAUUUGGUGGCCACUCGAAAGUACAGACACCCUUCAGGUUACUUUCGAUUUUAAAAGCUCAAAACCAGUGGCUGUCGUGGCUUCUGGCGAUGUCAGGAGUGAAAAUGGUCUUGGAUACUGGGAGUUACGCCUUGUAAACGACGAGAUGCGUUUCAAUCUAAAACCCGUUGCCAUUGAAAAUAUCACCGUCUCCACUGCAGUAAAAUUUCCGCCCUACAAUACAUCCUGGCAUGCAGUAGAAUUAAAUUACACCAAAGGCGAACUCAAUAUUCUAGUCGACUACAGAAACAAACAGAGCAAUCUCUUUCCUAUGACAUUCGAAUUAGGCAACAAGGUCAUCAUUGGCAGUGGUAAUGGCAAUGCUGGUCUAGUGGGCUGCAUGAGAGAAAUCAAAGUUAAUGGACAAAGAAUAGAGCCCAGAUACGUGAUUAACACGGAAAGAGUUGUCGGCGAAGUGGCCUUAGAUAAUUGUCAAUUCGUCGACCCCUGUAAGAGACCAAACACUUGCGAGCACGGUGGUAAAUGUUCUGUUAAGGAGGACAGAAUUACUUGUGAUUGCACUGACACUGGAUACGUUGGCAAAAAUUGCCAUUUUGCAUUAUACAGGAAGACUUGUGAAGAACUGGCCUUAUUGGGAAUCUCAGUAGACAACGUUUAUAGAAUAGAUAUUGACGGUAAUGGAAAGUUUCCACCUGCGUGGGUUAAAUGUGAAUUUCAAUCAAUAGAAGACGCGACGAAGACUAUUGUUGAGCACAACUUACCAUCGCAAGUUGAUGUCAGGUCGAUUGCAGAAAAUGACUUUAGUUUCAGUAUUAAAUACAGAGAAUUUUCGGCUGAAAUGCUUCAAGAAUUAAUUUCCCAUUCGCUGUAUUGUAGUCAAUAUGUUAAGUACGAUUGUUACAAAGCUCCAUUGGAACUGCAUAGUGCAACUUGGUUUUAUGGUUCGAAAGGAACAACGAUUGACUAUAUCGGAAAUGUCACUAGAGGUUCUUGUCCUUGUGGAAUGAACAAGACCUGUGUGGAUCCGAAUCUCAGUUGUAACUGCGAUGUAUCUGCCGGAAAGUGGCUUUCCGAUGAAGGAUAUUACGAAAGUCCGGAGUCUCUCGGAAUUAUGAAAAUGGUCUUCCUACAACAAAGAGAUUUGGAAGAAGACGCACAAGGAAGAAUUACCUUAGGACCCUUGGAGUGUGUCGAAACAAACACUCAAAAAUACGUGGUUACAUUCACAACCUCACAGUCGUACAUCGAAGUUCCGGGCUGGAGAAAAGGAGAUAUAGCUUUCAGUUUCCGAACUACGGGGGAGAAUGCAAUUCUUCUGUACCAGCCGCCAAUUAGAAGCAAUUAUCCAUCAUUUAUGGUGGCUUUGACCUCCGACUACAGACUCACAUUUAAUUUUACCCUAAAUACUGGAGCCGUACGGGUUCUCGAUGUAAAGAGUGGAAGGAAACUCAACAAUGGUGAAUGGCAGAAAAUAUGGAUUGACUACAAUGAUCAUCAUGUGAGAUUUAUGAUUAACACUGAUCAGGAAAUGGUGGACCUAUUGCCGGAAGAAGAAUUCGGUCCCUUCGAAGGGUCAAUGUUCAUUGGCGGAGCAACUGGAGAGCAACUCAAAACUUCUUCCGUUCGACAGGGACUAAUUGGUUGCUUCCGAGGUUUAGUGGUAAACGGAGAGAUUUUAGACAUUCAUAGUUACAUGUCAGUUCAUUUAUCGGAAAUCAUAAAAGACUGUAAACCGUCCUGUGAACCUAACAAAUGUAAAAAUAACGCCAAAUGCGUUGAACUUUGGAGUAAUUUCGAGUGUGUUUGUGAAAACAAAUGGGCUCACUUAGGAACAUAUUGUGAAUCAAAUAUAAACAGUAAAGCUCUUACAUUCACGUCACCUGCAGCGUUUUUAAAAAAGAAUUAUUUCGGAAGGGAUGAAGAUGGAGAUAAACUAAUGAAUAUAUUCCAACGAGAUAUUCUAAUUAAUCUCAGAACCUAUGAUAAGAAUUCAUUGAUUCUUUACGCCAAUGAUAAUUUUAAUAAUUUCAUGCACCUGUAUUUAUCGAAUGGUACUCACAUUGUUUACUUGUUCAAUGCUGAGAAUGAAAUAAAAAAUAUUAAAAUAUCCUUUUCAGAUAUCAACACGGGAAUAUCUGUUCAGAUUGCAAUUAAACACAGUGAAAAUUCAACAACACUCCAUGUGAAUGAAUGCAAUGUUACUUUAGACGUAGAGCCUAAACUAUUGAACACUUAUUCCAAUAAGCCUUGGGUUAAUUCAGAGAAGGAGGUUUUGGCUCCUCAACGACCACCUGCGCCACCUACAGAUUAUUUUCAGAUAAAUUUAGGUGGUUUUGAUCCUGAUAAUUUGUUACGAAUGGGCACUGAGGGACACUUGAUUGAAGGAUAUGUGGGUUGUCUUAGGGGUUUAAGGAUUGGUCAAGAUCUAAUAGACCUUCCAAGAUUAGCGAGCGAAGCAAAUCACGAUGGAAGUAAAGGAGUUCUUCCCAAUUGCAACAUGAAGUGUGACUACACUCCUUGCAAAAAUUUGGGCAUCUGUACCGAAGACUUUGGUAAACAGGAAUCUUCUUGUAAUUGCGAGCUAACCUCUUAUUUCGGGGAGCACUGCGUUGAAGAAAAAGGUGCAGAUUUUAGUGGGGAAAGUGUACUUCAACGGGAAUUUGAUCUCGAGGGAGAAGUUAAUGAAGUCAAAGUUCAAUUAGCUUUCUCUACAACUGAUAAUAAUCGUCAGAGGACACAAGCUUUACUUUUGCUUCAAACUGAAAACAAAAGAAGCUAUUAUCUCAUAGUGGCUUUAACUUCAGAAGGACACUUGAAUUUCGAGGAGGACAGGGAAGGUCAAACUUAUGGUGUUCGACUUGAUAAGAAUUUUUUGAAUGGAGCUAGGCACAGUGUUUAUUACACUCGAGUCAACAACAGUGCAACCUUAUUGAUUGAUAGAGAACAUGUUCAUCUGCAACCUCUUCCUGUACUAAGUUCAGGAGACGAUGAUGAUAAUAAAGAAAAUGACGACAGUCCAGGUGUCACGGAAAUACAAAUCGGUGGUCUAAAUACUUCUGAUCCAAGAUUUAGUCCAUACAAAAGUUACACUGGCUGUCUUAGUAAUGUUGUUGUGUCAAUUAACGGCGGAGCAAUAAUGAAACCUCUAGAAGAAUAUAUGCUAUUCACGAAAAAAGGAAGUGAAACCGUAAGAGUUUCCAUGCCAGCCGGAGUCAGAAGUGCUCAAUGUUCAGCAUUUAACGUUCAACCUCGCGGUUUGGAACAUCCGUCAAAUGACAGUGUUACAAAAGACAAGGCUUGGGUUGAGGACCCACCGGAGAGGAUAAAAUACGUUGCUCAAUAUUUGGACGCAACGAAAGAAGAGCAAGCAGCGGGGACUUAUAUUUUUAUUGCAUUGUGUUGUGUAUUUGUAGCUGCAGUUUUAGGUUGUACAUAUGAAGUUUUACGAAGUGCGCGCGAAGAUAAGAAGCGUAAAAGAGCCCGCGCGGGUUCAACAGCUUCGCAAAGGUGGCAACCACCUUACAAUGAUUCAGUAAUAGGGACAACUGGAGUAAAAAGUGUUGGUUUCAAAUCAGUCAAUGACGAUGACAAGCGACCAAAUGGUGGCACUCAUGCAAAACCAAUUUCUAAGGACUACAAACCUUUGCUGAACACUGAUUUAAAAGCAGAAAUAGUGAAUGAUAAAAAAGUUCAUAUGAAAGAAGAGGAUCUAGAGAAGAAGGAUUACCUCGGGGUAAAUACAGGCACCGCCUCUAAGUCUCCGAAACCCAACCCAUUUUCAAUGGAAGAUUUAAGAGAAGAACCUGAACUUGAGGAACGAGAACAAGAGGAGCAAGAAGAGGAAGUUGAGGAUGAAGAGGUUGAUGAAAAAACAGCGCUAAAUAACUCUGAAUCGCAAAUGUUAAUGAAACCACCAACACCGGUAAGAAGUGCCUUGGGGAGGGAUGGGAAUAAAAAGAAUGAUCCCAAUUGGUUCAAUAAUUCCACAUUUAAAAAACCACUCAAUAUGUCACCGAUUUUUUUAUCAAGUGACCGCAGAACCUUCCAUAAUCCUAUAAGGUAUCUCGGUGGACCUAAAUUGCCAUUGAAAAGCAGAUCGUCAAUUGAAUCUGUGAUAUCACUUGAUUAAGUGAUUAUUCUGGAUUUUGUUUUUAAUUUCACUUUCCUUACAAUUUUAAUUCAAAAAAAUAAUAAAAUUUUUUUUGAUGGUUAAAAACAUAAAUGCAAAUAAAUUUUUGUUAUCAAAAAAAAGGGAAAGACAUUUUUUUUUAAAUUUAGAUAAUUGAAAAAAAAUUAUAAAUCAAAUAAAAAUUUUAUCAUUUAAUAUAAUAUUAAUUGUAAAUUUAAUGAGAAAAAAUCGGGACUUAGCAUUUUUGGAGUAAUUUUAAAUUCCAUAAUAAACAUCUGUAUAUUAGUUUUGCUGAAAUAGGUAUAUUUAUUGUUUUAUUUUAGGUAAAAAAAAAUUACUUGUAUGUCCCGUUCUUUUUUCUUUAGAAAAUUUUAGGAAUUGAAAAUUGAAUAAGGAAAGAAAAAUUUACAAUCUAAUGCAUUUUCUGGCGCAUAUGUAUAUAAACA